GGUAGUUACAUAGGGCUGCUAGGUACCACGUAGCCCCAUAUUUCAGCCGUUAUCCAAUCAUUCAAUUAUUUGGCUUCAUCUUAGGCGCGUCUGAGCUUUUUUAAACAACGCGCCAUUGGAGUAUAACAUUGAAGAGCUACAUGAGGUUGCUACAUACAUACCUAGACGUACCUAAUACUAGGUAAGACGUUAACAGAUCUCACACGAAUUCGUAUUUACCAACACAUCACCUGGUACCUAGUGGGUACAAGUGUAUAGUCCGAAUGAUUAAUUGGCUUCGAACGUAACUAUCUUGUAAUGUCGGAUAAUCCCGAAGAUGACGAUGGAUCUCAGGCCGCGAGAGAGCUUCAGGAAGCCAUCUCAGAUAUAGUACAAGCAUCCAAAUUGACGGCGAAGCAACGUGGAAGUAAUAUAAAGCCAACUGUGGAAAAGUUUGGUUCAUUGUCGUAUAACCAAGGGCUUCUACCAGCUGAUUUAGGCCAACUCAUAGACUUGGUCACUACUCCAAGCUUCCUAGACCAAGCAAGUCUAGGGAAUAUCGUCAGAAAUCUUUACCCAGCGACAUCCGUGAGCGAUGACCUGGUCGUUAAAGUGAUUGGCUGUCUUGGACAUGGAAAGCUGAAGCCAUCCCUCUCCAUACAAGGGGCGCUUUUGAAAUGGCUCGUUGUGAUCUACCAUAUCAUAGAUAGCCAGAAAAUUCUAGCACGCUCCUACUCAGUGUUAUUCAAUCUUCUUGACACUGCUGCAAUCAGGAAACAGUUAUGUCACUUACUAGCUCUCAUUACACGACGUCGACAUGUGCGACCUCACCGAAUUCAAAGCCUUUUAUCCUUGUCCAGACAGACAGGAAAUGAUCCAUCUGUGACUGGGUUGCUUCGGGUUUUCAAAGACUAUUAUCCCGAGAUCAUCGUCGGAGAAGCUACUCGUGUCAAGGCGUCUGCUUUCAAGCACCCAGAUCCACAAUGGCGCGAAAGGCUGGAUGAAAUCCAACUUGCUCAUGCAGUCCGAAGUGCAAGUAGGACAGAACGGCCACUCGAUGCAUUCAGAGUAGCUCGAAGUAGAGUGAAUGGAAAGAAGUCUACUCUGAUCCCAGAAGUUCAUACAUCAAAUGCUACUGAGAACUCCAUCACGCUAGAAGAAAUUGAAAAUGUAGACGGCUUUGUGAAAAACCUGGAAAGGAUCGAGCUGCCAAACCAACUCAUAGCGGUUCUAGGAGAUCCAUUACUUCAGAAACUUCUCCUCCUAAAGCCCCAAUCCGACGCCCACCAGAGAGCCAGCAAUUGGCUAGCUUCAUAUGGAGAAGACCUCAUGAGCGGAGAGUCUGGCUCAGAUGCUGCCGAUUGUCUGGAAAUGCUCCAGGCUUAUGUCUCAAGUACUAGGAAUUUCCCGCCAAUACUUUUGACUUUCUUCGCCGAAUAUCUCCAGAUAUGGGACGGCCACGAGGGUCGAGACUUGGUAUUCACGAUACUGUCGUAUAUACCAUUGCUCAGCUUCCCAGAUCUUUUUACUAGCAUCUUUCAGCCCCUUGAAGCUAGGAUUCUGGAUAACACGACAGCCUCUCAAUUGCAAUUACUUGAUUUCUAUACGGUUUUACUCCAGCGUUGGACUAUACUCCUAGCAUCCCUUGAGCAGAAGUCAGUUCACACUUCAGCUAUCAUAGCUGAUUUAGUGACUCGUGUCAACAAUCUCUGUCUUACUCUCAUUCAGACAUUGCCGAGUACUUUGACGCACUCGAAAAUUCUGGACUUUUACGAUCAGACCGCACACCUCGCAUCAAAUCCAAAGUUAUUAGCCCAUACUCGGAUAAUGAUACCCCCUUCUCCAUUGGUAUACAUACUACACUUUAACCUAUCUCCAACGAUCUUAUCCCGACUAUGUGCCAUAUUGUCAAAAUACAAGGGGGGGUUUCAAAAAGCCAUGGCAACCUCUCGCUCUGAAUAUACUCCGGAGUACAUUAACGAGUUCAACGGUUUCCUUAUGGACGUUUGUAACUGUAUCUGGCGAUCACGUGCCUUCAAUAACAACGAUGUCAAUUCCCACGGCUGUUUGGCACCUAGAUCACUCGUCGAAGACCUCACAUCUUACGUCGAUAGCCUCACCAUGGGAGGGUCCCUUUCCACGCUCUUUUCCCUUUCCUAUUCACCGGUUUUAGGCCUAUCGGCAAUCUCGCAUUUCCGCAAACUUGAAGAUGAAGAGCUGGAAAGCUAUCCAGGGGAGAUUGCCACCAGACAUGCUGGUCCGGUGACGCGUGCCAGUCUCCACGCACUGGCCAACAACGGUGGUCUAAGAGUGGGCUGGGAUGAUUUCCGUCUGGGCGUGCUAAGUCAUCUGGAAAAGAAGGGGAUGGCUGGUGUUGGGGAGCUGAUGUACAACACGAUGACGAAUGUAAUGAAGAGGAGAUCCAUGGCAGGUUCUAAAGAAAAGUGAGGCUUAACACUUCCGAUCCGCUGAGGCCUAUUCAAUAUAUUAAUUAAUAUA